UUUUUAUCACCACUUUCGUCAAGUUUGAAGAGCGCCUACUUCUGCGCGUCUAUCGAUAGGUAAAAUUUCUAGCCAACUUGAACUUCUAUCUACGGAAUGGGCUUCACAUAUAUCAUAGAACAUAUGGAGGAAGAUGACGAGAAUUCGAAAGUUGUACCACCCUGGGUCGAGUUAGAGUACGCGCACAUGCGUCAACUUGCAGGGGCCGAAUCUCAAGUCUAUUUCGCACACCUAUCAAAAAAUUCAUCGAGGUCCUUGAACGCCAAAUUCGCUGAACUCGCUUCGGAUGGUCAAGCAGAAGCGGUUUGUCACGAAUCUGGCGUAUUGGACUUAAUCAAAGAAAGUUUAGGUGGGUCUUUGGAAAAAGUUUGCCUGUUGGACCCAAAAGCAGAGAAGGAACUUUCUCCGGAGGAUGGAGAUGGACGGUUUGAAUGGUUUCUGUUCGGGGGAAUACUAGGCGAUGAUCCGCCAAGGGACAGGACGGCCGAAUUACGAGUCAUGGGCUUUCCUGCGCGUCAUCUUGGCCCAACGCAGAUGACUACAGAUACAGCAUUGGGUGUCACUAAACGCGUCGUACAUGACAAAGUCCCACUCAACAACAUUCCCUAUAUUGAUCAUCCUACAAUAAAAUUCAAUACGAAAGACAGCGUCGAAAUGCCUUUCAAGUACAUCGCUGAGAAUGGUCAACCGCUUCUCCCUCCUGGAAUGCGUGAACUUUUGUUCGAAGACAUGAACAAGGGAUUUGAAUUUUGAACGGACACUCAGGAUUCGACACGAUGCGGUUGUGGUUGAUCCUCACUGUGUACUUUGUUGUCGAUCUUAGGGACUAAAAUAGAUACUAGUAUAUGUGAAUAUUCAAAGCCUGGGCAUCUUGGCUAAUUCUAGGGGUAGGUCUAUGGUCUACUAUGGUUAAGUAUGUUGCAGCAGAUCAAGAACCAUCACAUCCUAGAAUCGAACAUAUUGCGACCUUGUAAAUCACAAGACGGCUAGCCACUGGCAACCCACGCACGCCUUGCCUUGAAAGUCUUAG